AUGAAAAAACCGCUAAAAGACGCAGAUGACGUCAGAUAUUACUCGGAGCCGGACGCCAAAUACUUCGAAAUCGACUAUGAGUUCCUCAAAGAGCUGCGACAGAUCGCGAGAAACAAUUGCCCCAAGUGUAGGCGACGCUCAAAGAAAGUCGAUAGUACCAGGCGCUAUAGAGAUAAGAGACAGAAGGAGAAGCGUAGAACAGAAGGGAAUUUCGUGCUCUGCAACGGGAGGUAUCACAACGCGCAACAGCACUGCCGGUUCUGUUGUAAGAUAUGCAAUCGAUCGACAGACACUCUCGAUUCGAUCGAUGACGAAUACUCAUUUGUAUCGAAGAGCUACAGCUUCCCGUCAAGUAGGACGACUAGCUCACGCUCGAGGUCCACACCCAGUAAAGUAAAAGAAAGAAAAAACUCGAUACAAUCGAAUAAAUCGGUGUCGUUUCUCGAAUCGAGUAACGACGAAUCUUUGAAAGACGAGCCGAAUUACACCGCCAAGAGUUUCACCAACGAUCUAAAGAAAUUCUUGUUAAAGCCGUCGUCGCCUAGACUCAGCUUGCGUGAGAAAUUUAUUAUUAGUUUCAAACAAGAACUGGAAGCUACUAAGAAAUCACCCAAAUUGAAAGCUAUUAAGGGUCUAUGGAAGUCCUAUUAA